CGGGGUCCGGGAGAGGCUGCCAAGGAGCGCCGCCUUACGGAGUAGAUGUAAGAUUAGGGCUCGCGACGAUCCUCAGAGACCGACGGCACCAGAAAACCUAUCUUUGGAGGAGAGUCGCGGGGAGCUUACCAUGUGCAUCACCAGUGCUCUCAUGGUCAGUACAAUGUGAUAUGACGGCGAAGUAAUGGCAUCUCCGGCCAAAGUCUCCCAGGCAAAGGCGAGCUCUCCUCACAGUCGGCGGAGGAUUGGAUCCGCGUGUGAACGCUGUCACAGACGGCGAUCGAAAUGCGAUGCAUGGGAGAGAGGUGUGCCUUGCACUGCCUGCACAAAGAGCAGACUUGAGGAUUCCUGUCGUCUUCUUUCUUCCAAACGUACGAGAGGUCAUAAUGGCCGGUACAUCUUGCCACCGCAAGAGCCAACUCCGCCGACAGACACUAUCACUGAGCAAGCGUCCGAGGUCAUAGGUAGAGAGACGGCCGUGGCUCGUCAAGACCCUUCGCCGCGCUCCGUCACCGAGCCCAACAUCAACGACGAACUCGUCAAGCUCUACGGCGAUGGCCACCACGUUCUGGCCCCCGAACAGGACCUGGGUGGUCAAGGCGUUGCUACCGUCACGUCUCUGCCCACGCAGGCAGAGUCGCGGAGUCGACACGUCGGCGAGGGCUGGUAUGCCACCUAUGUGCUCCAUCACAGCGGGCCCAAUUCGAAUCCCACAGGCCUGCCCCAUCUUCUCCAUCGAGCAUCGCGUACACCAACCGGAGAAAGGUCGCAAUCGGCGGGUGCCAAAACACCGCCUGCUGACUUGCCACCUCCGUACCUGAUUGAGCGACUACUCGAGGACUACUUCCUCCGCUUUCAUGUUUUCUGCCCCAUCCUCGAGCGUGUCGACUUCCUGAAUUCCGUUCGUGACGGCACCGUAUCAUCCACACUACUGCGAUGCGUGCUGUACGUGGCAUCGAUUCAUUGCAAUCCAGACACCAUCUAUCGACUCGGCUUCCCCAAUCGCGUGGACGCCGGUGACGACUUGUUUGGACGAGCGUCAACCGCCUUCCACUCGGAUCAGGAUUCCGACCGCUUGGCUCUCUUGCUGUCCGCUUAUUUCCUGCACUAUUGGUUUGGUAAGCCAUCAAAUCAUCGAGAUGCUCUGUGGUGGCUGGCUACGGCGAUCCGUUCUGCACAGUGCAUGGGUCUGCACCGGAAUACAAACACCGGCUCUCUGGAAGACCGGAGGCAACGCAGGCGAAUUUGGUGGUGUCUCUACAUUCGUGAUCGUCAAGUGGCCCUCUCUACCGGCACGCCAAUGAUCAUCAACGACCUAGACUGCGAUGUUUCGUCGCUCCGCGUGGAGGACUUUCCCCAUGACAGUCUCGAUACAGCUCGCUACCUCAUCCUUCAGGCCGAGCUGAACCGCACAUCUUCGCAAAUGUUCUUCUGUCAUUGUUCACCGUCUCGUCUACAGCUGAUGCAAGACUACGCCACCUAUCAGAAUGCGAGUGAGAGCAUCCAAGCCAACCUUCACGAUUGGUGCGUGAAAGCACAGGGAUGGGAACUGUGGCAUCAACCGCAUCAGCUGAGUUAUAUUCUUCGCCUUUGCUAUCUCUACUACACCAUCAACCUCCAACAGCGCCUGAAAAAGGCCUGUCCCGUCUCUCACGAGAAUCAACCAAUCAUUGCCGUCAUUCACGAAGCCGCUGAUGAGAUCUCGCAUGUGACCGAAGACGCACUGUUACAAUACUCUGCCGAAUGGUUCCCCAUGAUCCUCGUCUCGACCCUUCUCAGCGCCAUCUCCGUCUUCGCUGCCGAUAGUAGCAACAACAAGCACAACCCCGAGCACCGCCUUUCCCCCCUGCAGCUAACCCUAAAACUCCGCCCGUACCUCCUCGCCCUCAAACAACUCGAGCAAGUCUACGUCGUCGCCCACUGGAUCCGAAGCCUCUUUAUGAAACUCACGAGUACCGCCAGUGCCAGCCGUACCACGCGGCCGCAGCCCCCAGGAGCGACAACCACGCAACCUGGCUACGGCUCGGUGGGCACCACGUUUGCGGGAUCGUCGGACACGAGGUCCGAGGGUACGAUACUCGUUUCGCCGCCGGCGGUUUCAUAUAGUCAUGUCGUGGGCGUCGAGGAGCUCGGCGGUGGUGGGGAUGUGAUGGCGUCACCGUAUUUCCCUAUGAAUGGAGACUUGGAUAAUUUGUGGACGAAGCUGUGGAUGAACGUGGAUAUUGAGGAUGCGAAUGCGCAGUUCCGGAUGGGCGGUGGGUGGUGAUUUGCCUUGCACAUGGCUGCGGGAAUUUUUUGCAUCAUCAGGUAGUCAAAUGAUCGCUAUCUGCGCCCUUCUUCAUUACAAGCUGCACGCAGGCUUGGAACCCUCACUCAAACGCCUUGACGGUUUGGUCUUUCUCCGCAACAGCAUCCCCAUCGUAAUCCCCCUCAUCCUUGCCUGGCAACAACAGAGGAACAUGAUCUGUAGUG